UUUGACGUUGCGUUGGUAUUGCUGGUUGGUGCGCUUGAGAAACGCUGUCGUUGCGAGUGAGAAUACUCCAUGUUACAUUAGUUCUGUUUGUGUGAUUUCUCUCUGAUGUAUCAUAAUGAGUGACUAUUCAGCGGUUGCACCGCCACAGCAAAACUUUAAUCAAUCCACGGCUUUCGCCGCAGCUUUACAAAGAGCAAAACAGAUUGCCGCCAAAAUAAAUCCUUCAAAUCCCACCGGUGAUAGCAGGCAGAAGCGGCCUCUAGAAGACGGCCAGGCAUCAGUUCCAUUCGUUUCAGAACCUGAUGCUAAGAAGUUGGCAGGCACAGGGCCUCCAGGACAAGCUGCACCUCCGGGUGCAGGUGGCAGACCGGGGCAACCUCCCAGUAACAUGGGUGGUCCCAAUAUGAGCGGCCCACCACCGAUGGGAGGGGGACCGCAGAUCAAUGAAGACAUUAAAGUACCUGACAAGAUGGUUGGAUUGAUAAUAGGACGUGGUGGUGAACAAAUUACAAGGUUGCAGGCAGAAUCAGGAUGCAAAAUUCAGAUGGCCCCUGAUUCUGCAGGUAUGCCUGAACGUAUUUGUUCAUUAUCAGGCACUAGGGAUGCCAUUGGCAGGGCAAAGGAAUUGAUAAUGAACAUUGUACACCAAAGGGGCAGGUCUGAGGGUCUAGCAGGGCUAGACCUGGGCCCCGGAAUAGGACAGGGUAAUUUCCCAGGAGUAAGCAACAAUUCUGGUGGUGGUGGUGGUUCGAUGAGUAGCAAUAACGGCGGAAGAAAUUUCGUCGAAAUUAUGGUACCCGGUCCGAAGGUUGGCCUGAUCAUCGGCAAGGGCGGUGAAACUAUUAAGCAAUUGCAAGAGCGAAGCGGAGCUAAAAUGGUCGUCAUUCAGGAUGGUCCAAAUCAAGAGCAGGAGAAACCAUUAAGAAUCAGCGGAGAUCCGUCUAAAGUCGAAUACGCUAAGCAGUUAGUUUACGACUUGAUUGCCGAAAAAGAAAUGCAGGCGUACAGUAGAGGUGGAUCUGGAAGUGGUGGUGGUGGCGGCGGAGGAGGUGGAGGAGGCGGUGGUUCCAGUGGAUCUGGUGGCGGAAGAGGAGGAGGAGGAGGCGGUGGUCGAGGUGGCGGCGGAGGCGGACAAGAUGAUCGACAAAGUUUCAAUGAAUACGGAGGUAACGAUGUCGAAGUACUUGUUCCUCGAGCGGCCGUCGGUGUUGUUAUAGGGAAAGGAGGUGACAUGAUUAAAAAAAUUCAAGCAGAGACUGGAGCCAGGGUGCAGUUCCAACAAGCCAGAGAUGAAGGUCCAGGCGAACGACGCUGUUAUCUUUCUGGGAAACCUCAAAACGUCGAACAGGCAAGGCAACGAAUAGAAGAAUUAAUUGACAGUGUACAUAGAAGAGAUAGCGAUGGCAACGGUGGUGGCAGCGGAGGCGGUGGAGGUGGCGGCGGUAGAAAUGGCGGUGGAUCUCGAGGAUCUGGAAGAGACAGAUAUGACAAUAGAAGCGGAAACAGUAGGAACGGUGGACCCAGUAAUAAUGAUUUUAGCGGUGGAUGGGAAGACAGAAGGCAGAGUGGCCAACAGGAGGUCACGUUUACGGUACCUGCCUCAAAAUGCGGUGUUAUCAUCGGACGCGGCGGUGAUACCAUCAAGCAAAUAAAUCAACAAUCCGGAGCGCACUGCGAACUCGAUAGGCGAUCGCCGGCUCAACCGAACGGCGAUAAAACGUUCAUAAUUCGCGGCGAUCCCGAACAAGUCGAAAUGGCGAAGCGAAUCAUCAGCGAAAAAGUGCAGAUGGCAUUAAACUUUGUUCCCGUCGGUGGUGGUGGCGGCGGUGGUGGAAGCGCGAACAGUUUACCGACGGCCUACCCGGGAAUGGCACCGCAAGGCUACAAUCCCCAAGGUUGGGGCGUUCAAGGCUUUCAGCAGCAGUGGAGCGGUCAAGGACAGGGCGCCAACGAAGGUCAACCGCCUGCCGGGACUCCAGUGCAAAUGAGCCAACCAGGUUCUAAUCAACCAGAUUAUUCGUUACAAUGGGCAGAGUACUACCGUUCGCUCGGUAUGCAUCGGGAAGCUGAGAUGAUUGAACAGCAAGCAAAGAAUAAAACGGGGGCUCAGGUAGGUCCGCCCACGAUGCAGCAAGCAGCACCUUCAGGUCAAGCUGCGACGCCUGUAGCUCAAGCGCCUGCUGCAGCGAACGGAGGACAACCCGAUUACAGUGCUCAAUGGGCGGAGUACUAUCGCAGUUUAGGAAAACAUAAAGAAGCUGAAGCUAUCGAAGCUCAAAUGAAGAAUAAGGGUUCUUCGCAAACUUCUGGUCCACAGCCAGGUGGCAUGCCCGUAGCAUCAGCUCAAGGUGGCGCUGCUGGCUAUCAACAACAGUACAGCAGUUAUCAAGCACCAGGAGCUUCGUAUUACGGAGGUCAAGGACAAAGCGGCGGAGGACCGCAGGGCGUUCCGCAGGGGGGUCAGUACAGUUUUCCCGGGUACGGGUACGGAAAUGCCGCUCCCCAGCAGGACAACAACUAAGGACGAUCUCUCCGCAUGUUCAUUUAAAUAAACAGUUAAUCUGUAGAUCCUUUCGUCGCCGUUUGCGUCUGCUGCAGAUUUUUCAUUUUCUCUUUGCGCUGCUCGCUCUCGCGUCGAAG